AUGGAGCGGCAGAGAAACAUCUCAGAAUUCAUUCUUCUAGGACUUUCAUAUGACCAGAACAUGCAAAUAUUUUGCUUUGUACUCUUCUUAUUCUGUUAUAUUGCCCUGUUGGUAGGAAACCUUCUAAUCCUUGUCUCCAUUCGAUGCAGCCCUCUUUUUCACCAACCAAUGUACUACUUCCUCAGCCAUUUAUCCUCUAUGGACAUCUGCUAUACCUCUAGCGUUACACCCAAAUUAAUUGCUGACCUACUAGGGGGGACUAAAACCAUCUCUUAUGGUAAUUGCAUGUUACAAGUUUUUGCCAUGCACUUCUUUGGGAGUAUUGAGGUCUUUGUCCUUACUGUCAUGGCCUUUGAUCGCUAUGUUGCUAUUUGCAGGCCUCUCCACUUGCUUAUCAUGAACAGGGCAAGGUGCCAUCUCCUAGUCUUAGCUGCUUGGGCUGGUGGGGCUCUUCAUUCUUUUCCUCAAUUAUCAAUGACAAUCCAAUUGCCAUUUUGUGGUCCUAAUGAAAUCGAUCACUACUUUUGUGAUAUCUUCCCUUUGCUGAAAGUUGCCUGCACUGAUACUUACAUCAUUGGUGUCCUUGUGGUUGCCAAUUCAGGUAUGGUUGCCUUAGUUACCUUUGUUGUCUUAUUUGUUUCUUAUGUCAUUAUAUUGUUUAGUCUAAGACAUCACUCAGCUGAGGGAAGACACAAAGCCCUUUCCACCUGUGGGUCUCAUAUCACUGUUGUCAUCUUAUUCUUUGGGCCUUCAAUCUUUGCCUACCUACGACCUCCAACUACUUUCCCUGAGGACAAAGUAUUUGCUCUAUUUUAUACCAUCAUCGCUCCUAUGUUCAAUCCCUUAAUCUAUACUCUGAGAAAUGCAGAAAUGAAAAAUGCCAUGACAAAAGUUUGGUGUCAAACAUUAUUUUCAAGGAAAGCACACAAUUAA